UCAUUCACUGAUUCAUAUUAUGGACCCUGUCUUUACUAUUCAUACACAUUUUAUGUUCAUCCUUAUGUCUGCCCUUUCCUACAGCACAUGCUAGGAGAAUACUACAGCAGUCUAACAGAAAUGCAUGCAAUGAAGCGCCAGAAACUGGGAGUGAUUUUUCCAUGUUCGAAGCUUUGCGGGAUACAAUUUAUUCUGAAGUAGCUACAUUAAUUUCUCAAAACGAAUCUCGUCCACAUUUUCUUAUUGAACUCUUCCAUGAGCUUCAGCUACUUAACACAGACUACUUGAGACAGAGAGCUUUAUAUGCGUUGCAGGACAUAGUAUCCAGACAUAUUUCUGAGAACCAUGAAAAAGAAGGGGAAAAUGUAAAGUCAGUGAACUCUGGUACUUGGAUCGCAUCAAACUCAGAACUUACUCCCAGUGAAAGCCUUGCUACUACUGAUGAUGAAACUUUUGAGAAGAACUUUGAGAGAGAGGCACAUAAAAUAAGUGAGCAAAAUGAUGCUGAUAAUGCUAGCGUCAUGUCUGUAUCUUCAAAUUUUGAGCCUUUUGCAACAGAUGAUCUAGGUAACACUGUGAUUCACCUAGAUCAAGCAUUAGCCAGAAUGAGGGAAUAUGAGCGUAUGAAGACUGAGGCUGAGAGUAACACGAAUGUAAGAUGCACCUGGAUUAUUGAAGAUGAAGAUGGUGCUGCUGCCACAACUACGACUAAUAAUUUAGAAGAAACUCCUGUUAUUGAAAAUCAUAGUUCACAACAACCUCUCAGUGAAGCUUCUACUGUCCCAUGUCCUAGAAUUGACACUCAGCAGCUUGACCGGCAAAUUAAAGCAAUUAUGAAAGAAGUCAUUCCUUUUUUGAAGGAGCACAUGGAUGAAGUAUGCUCUUCUCAACUUCUAACUUCAGUAAGACGCAUGGUUUUGACCCUUACCCAGCAAAAUGAUGAGAGCAAAGAGUUUGUAAAGUUCUUUCAUAAACAGCUUGGAAGUAUUUUACAGGAUUCACUGGCAAAAUUUGCUGGCAGAAAACUGAAAGACUGUGGAGAAGAUCUUCUUGUAGAAAUAUCUGAAGUGUUGUUUAAUGAAUUGGCCUUCUUUAAGCUCAUGCAAGAUUUGGAUAAUAAUAGUAUAACUGUUAAACAGAGAUGCAAAAGGAAAAUAGAAGCAGCUGGAGUGAUACAGUCUUAUGCCAAAGAGGCCAAAAGGAUUCUUGAAGGAGAUCAUGGCUCACCUGCUGGAGAAAUUGAUGAUGAAGACAAAGACAAGGAUGAGACUGAGACAGUUAAGCAGACUCAGACUUCUGAGGUAUAUGAUGGUGAUGGUCCCAAAAAUGUGAGAUCUGAUGUUUCUGAUCAAGAGGAAGAUGAAGAAAGUGAAGAAUGUCCAGUGUCUAUUAAUUUGUCCAAAGCUGAAACUCAGGCUUUGACUAAUUAUGGAAGUGGAGAAGAUGAGAAUGAAGAUGAAGAAAUAGAAGAAUUUGAAGAGGGACCUGUAGAUGUCCAGACUUCGCUUCAGGCUAACACUGAAACUACAGAAGAAAAUGAACAUGAUGAUCAGGUUCUACAACAUGACUUUGAAAAAUCAGCAGAAAGCAAAAAUGUCCCAUCAGAACAAGAACCCUCUACUAGUAAAGAUGACCAAGACAGCACUCCUGUGAAACCCUGUUACCUCAAUAUCUUGGAAAAUGAGCAACCUCCAAAUAGCACUGUCCAAAAGGACUUGCUUAAUACCACUGACUCAUCUAAACAGCCCAAUCCUUUGCCAUUACCUUUAACUGAAAUUGAAACCCUGGUGCCUAGAGUCAAAGAAGUUAAAUCUGCUCAGGAAACUCCUGAAAGCUCUCUGGCUGGAAGUCCUGAUACUGAAUCUCCAGUGUUAGUCAAUGACUAUGAAGCAGAAUCUGGUAACAUAAGUCAGAAAUCUGAUGAAGAAGACUUUGUGAAAGUUGAAGAUUUACCACUUAAACUGACAAUAUAUUCGGAGGCAGAUCUAAGGAAGAAAAUGGUGGAAGAAGAACAGAGAAACCAUUUAUCUGGUGAAAUAUGUGAAAUGCAGACUGAAGAGUUAGCUGGGAAUUCUCAGACACUAAAAGAACCUGAAACAGUGGGAGCCCAAAGUGUAUGAGAUGUCUUUCAGAGGCUCAUCUGACUCUCUCUUUACGUAGUCAAUGCAUAUAUGAAAAUGGCACUAAAUAAACAUCUGUUUUGAUCUGUAUAAAAUGUAAAUUAGUUUGACACUGCAUUUUUGAUAGGUGUGCUAAUUUCUGCCCAUGGCAGUUUAAAAACAUCAGAAACUGAAUUCUGGACAGAUUCAAGCCUUGAUACACUGUGAGGUUUUUUCUUUUCUUUCUUUUGUUUUUUGGUCUUAAUUUUUUCCCCCAUUGUGAUGUUUGGUAACGUUAAAUUUAAAAUGUAGUUUUAAAUAAAGUUUGGACUUAUCUGUAAAGUAUCUCUUUUGGAAAUUAUGUUGAAUUCUAUACAGCAAGUCACUGUUCUGUAUAAUUAGGCUAUUGAGAAGAGUCAAGUCUUGAAUGGUCAAGAGAGAAAUAUGCUAUUUAUUAUAACGUCCAGCCAUUAGGCCAGGCUUCCAAAUAAUGCCAGUGUUGCUGCUAUUGGGUCUAAAGUCUUUUAGAUACCUGCAUAUCUUACUCCUGUGCAAGAAUAGGGCAGGUUAUAAAGGUAUCCAGGAUAUCUGUGAAGUUAUUAUAGAAUAUAUAUUAAUAUUCUAUUCAAAUUGGAUAAGUUUAGAACACAUGUCCUUAGUACCUAGAACUUACAUAAUUAUCUAUUAGAUAAAUAUUUUCCAGAAGUCAAUUCCUGUCUAUGUUGCUGCAGUCCAAAAAUAAAAUAGUAAGUUUUAUAUAAUUAGGGAGUAUCCCUGCACAGACAAGUAACAUUGUGACUAAUUUUAAAUGAAAAACCAAACUCUUUCAAGUAGGGAUUAAUAGAACUAAAUUUUAUGUACCAGAACGUUAAGGUUCUGUAUGUCUCUGGAUAAACUUGCCUUUUGAGCUGAUAGUUUAAGACCAAAACAUAGCAGUUGCUUCUGUGUGUAGUGAGAGAGGGUAUUAAAGAAAAUGUAUGCAAUUUCUUCAUCACUAAGUAAAUCAGCUCUUAAAGGUGAUUUACCUUUAGACCCCAAACUUCUCAUAUACCCAGGAAGGCUUCACAGAGCUAGUUAACAAUUAAGACAACCUUACAGAUUUUUUCCUUGAAUAAAAUAUGAAGAAUUAGUUUCAAGUAGUUUUUCAAGUUUGUUAACAAUUGGCUGAAAUACCCCUUAAGAAAAGAAUUUGGUUGGUAUUCCUUUAAAAUCCUUUCUUGCCUGAUACUUCAGUGUAAAACUAUAAUGGCCAAUCAGAACAUUAAUAAUUAUUAAAUGAAGAUUUCCCUAUGAGGACAUUUACUGUAUUGCUACUUAAUUUAAAUUAUGCGAAACAUAUAUCUCCAACUUCAAUAAAACCUAUUCAGAAAACUGUCAUUCCAGAAUCAGGAAUUCUUAUCCAGUUGGCCUGACUUCAGAGAAACUGAAAUAAUAAGUUACAUUAUAUGUAUACUCAAGCUCUGUAUUUGUUUUCUAGACUCUGAACAGGAAGAGGGGAAAACUUCAUUUUGGUAUUCAAGCCAAGCCUUACAUAUUACAACUGUCUCUCUCUCUCUCCCCCCUCCGCAUGCUUAUUAAAGAUCUAUACAGUGGAAGAAUUGUACUUACGUCUUAGUUAUCACUGUAGUCUAUGAACCUUAUCAACUUGCUUAUUUGACUUGUGUUAUAGCUGCUGUAAUCUAGUCUGUUGUUUUCUAUUUGAGUAGAUAAUUUAGUUUUAAAAUACCUAAAGCUUGAGAGCAGAUAACUUUAAUAUAUUUUUCCUUAACUGUUGCUAAAGGGAAUUAAAUAUUCCUGUUUGUCUUAAUUUUUAAGUUAAAAAUCUGGUUAGAAAUAAAAGAGGGAGGAAAGGUCAAAAUGAGUGAGAGAGAACCCUACAUAGGUUGAAAUAAUGCCUAAAAUAGUGAGCUCGCCAGACUGUGCAGGUACUCUGUGUUUUGUAACAUUCACUUUGGGUAAAUGCUUUUUCACUGUUAAUAAAUGUAUAUCCUAUAUUCAA